GAUCCCCAUGCAGAAGAGUUUGAGGACAAGGAGUGGACGUUCGUCAUUGAAAAUGAGUCUCCGUCGGGACGGAGGAAGGCUUUAGCCACCAGCAGCAUAAACAUGAAGCAGUACGCCAGUCCUAUGCCUACUCAGACUGAUGUCAAGCUCAAGUUUAAGCCCCUGUCGAAGAAGGUGGUGUCGGCUACCCUGCAGUUCUCUCUCUCCUGCAUCUUCCUGCGGGAGGGAAAGGCUACUGACGAGGACAUGCAGAGUCUGGCCAGCCUGAUGAGCAUGAAGCAGGCCGACAUCGGCAACCUGGAUGACUUUGAGGAGGAGAAUGAGGAGGAUGAUGAGAACAGGGUUAACCAAGAGGAAAAGGCCGCCAAGAUCACAGAGAUAGUAAACCAGCUGAAUGCCCUCAGCUGCUUACAUGGGGAUGAUGAUGAUGAUGAUGAUGGUGGUGGUGGUAUUCCCAAGCGAACACGCAAAGCAACAGCUAAGCCUGCUGCUUCCUCCCAAGAACUGAUCAACAAGCUGAACUUCCUGGAAGAUGAAGAUCAGGACUCUGCUCCUGCCAUGACUAGCAAUCCCUUCGAUGAGACUGACGGUGACCUUCAGUCCUAUCCCCUCAACCCAUUUGGUGACCCGGAUGAGGAAGAGCCCCCUCCCCAGCCGGCUGUAAGGCAGCGGGUCGAUGAGGACUCCUUCUAUGACCACGACGACUCCAAUCCGUUCAGUGAGCCAGAUGGACUGGAGACCCGGUCCCCUGCUGGGAACCCCUUUGAUGAUCCCGACCAGGACAUGGAGCUCCAACCAGACCCAGAACCUCCCAGGCCCAAGCAGAAGAAAGGAGUGCGGCCCGUUGACAUGAGCAAGUACCUGUAUGCCGACACCUCUCACAAUGAGGAAGAUGAGCUUGACGAAUCCAAUCCAUUUUAUGAGCCGAGGACAUCCAGCCCGACGGGGCCACCUGCCGGCAGCGCCUCUCCUGAUGUUGGCAGUAACCAGAAGAGGAGGGCCCCUCCGCCCCCCGGUACCAGCAGAGGCCCGGGCCCCAGUCCACCUACCUCCAAACCCAGCUCUGGCCCAGAUGGGGAGAGAGCCCAGCCUGCCGGGCCCAGCCCACUGGCAGCGGUCAUAGGGAGAGAGCUGGCCUCCUCUUCCCCAAAGCCUAGCCCCGCCCCAAGUCCAGUUCUUGGAGGAAAGCCUAACGCCAGCCAGUCCCUGCUGGCCUGGUGCCGUGAAGUCACCAAGAACUACCGCGGGGUGAAGAUCACCAACUUCACCACCUCCUGGAGGAAUGGGCUGGCCUUCUGUGCCAUUCUGCACCAUUUCAGACAUGACAUAAUAGACUACAAGUCGCUCAAUCCUCAGGAUAUUAAAGAAAACAACAAAAAGGCAUAUGAUGGCUUUGCCAGUCUGGGGAUCUCUCGUCUCCUGGAGCCGUCCGACAUGGUGCUCCUCGCUAUCCCCGACAAGCUGACAGUGAUGACCUACCUGUACCAGAUCAGGGCCCACUUCUCCGGCGAGGAGCUCAACGUGGUGCAGAUAGAGGCCAACAGCAGUCGCAGCACCUACAAAGUGGGGGACUUUGAGACGGACACCAACGCCUCCAUAGACCAGGACAAGUUCUACGCCGAGCUCAGCGACGUGCAACACCACCCAGCUGACCCCGAGUCCGUGUCAUCUCCCGGCGGCGUUCCCUCUGAACCCAACGGCACCGAGGCUACCCAGGGGGAGGCGACGGAGCCGCCGGUUGGAGUAGAUUCGACCGGCUCCCCGGCAGCGGGGCCCUCACAGUCCGCGCCUCCUGUCCCCAUGCCGCGAACAGUAUUAGCUGCAACAGCUGCAAACUCGGCCCACGUGACGCCGCCAGGCUCAGAGGACAGGGGCGGUCUACUCAAAGCUAACGCUGUAGAUCUCUGUGAGCUGCCACAAAAGGUGGAUAGAGAGACGGAGAAGGAAACGCAGCGCAAGGAGGAGGCGUUGGAGGACAGAGGAGAGAGAAGCGCUGAGCCGUCGUCCCCGACCAGGAGGGGAAACUCUUUAUCACACUUCUCCUAUAACAGGGACGCUGACCUCAUUAAGAAGAAAAGGGCCAGCCUGCGUCAGUCAGAGUCCGAGCCAGCUUCCAACACCAAAGGCUCUCCAGUCAACCACACGGAUGUCCCCAUCACACAGGAGCCAUCUCCUGCCGCUGUGUCGAGUCCUCCAGCUGAGAAGAAAGUACUUUCUCGUCAAGAGGAGUUAAAGGAGAGAGCCAGGCUGCUGCUGGAGCAGGCCCGCAGGGACGCCGCCAUGAAGGCCGGUAACAAGAACGUCCUCGGCUCAGCUGUGGCAGCACCAAACCGCACUUCAGGCGUCUCCGAUGAGCGGGAUGCAGAGCGGCGGAGGCAACUAAGAGAACGAGCCAGGCAGCUCAUAGCCGAGGCUCGGUCCGGAGUCAAGAUAUCUGACAUGAGCCUGCUGGAUCCCACCAUCAUGGAGAGAAGCAGAGGAGGCAAGGCUGGCUCUGCAGGAGAUGUUUUGGGCAGGUUGCAAAGUCAUGACGAGGAUGAUGUUGAUGGUGAAAAGAGUGAGGAUGAGGAAGAGCGUAGGGCGGAGGAAGAGCAGCUCCACUGUGAUGAUGUUGAUGCAGAUUCUGUUGAUGCUGCCUUUUCUGCCUCUGCACCCGUUACUAACCAGCUCCCACAGGAGGCCCUUCCAACCACGUCCAGCACCCAGGGGCCCCUGGAUCUUACUAACCCCGCGUCUGAGCUAGCCUGUCUGGGCGCAAACAGCAGGCAUGUGGAUCUGAAGCUGAAGAAGCUGGCAGAGACCAGUCCAAGAGGAGUCACUUCCCCUUCAUCUCCUUCUUCCACGUCCUCCUCAUCCUCACCAACUGCCUCCUCAGCCUCCCCGCUCACCCCUGAAGGAUUGGAGAACAAUGCAGAGGAGCUGCGGGCGGAGCGUCUGCGCAGAGCCACGGAGAAGCUGCGGAGUCCGGUCGUUUUCAGCAAGGACUCUGCUGUGAGGAAGACCCAGCUGAAGUCCUUCAGCCAGUAUGUGGAGAACAGGCCAGAAGUGAAGCGACAGAAAUCUGUUCCUGAAGAUCUGAAGAAGGCUGACGAGGACAGAGGUGCACUGACAGAAGUUGACCUUCACAGACCAUUUGAAGAAGAGAAGGCGUUCAAAGACACCAGUCAGUAUGUGGUUGGGGAGCUGUCUGCACUGGAGAGCGAGCAGAGGCACAUAGACGCCCGAGCAGCUCGCGUGGAGAAGAGGCUGCGCUAUCUCAUGGACACAGACUGGCAGAAAACUGAAGCCCAGAAGAGACGAGAGCAGCUGCUGCUAGACGAACUGGUCAUCCUGGUCAACAAGCGGGACGCGCUGGUCAGGGACCUGGACGCCCAGGAGAAAGAGGCCGAGGCGGAGGACGAGCACCUGGAGAGGACGCUGGAGCAGAACAAAGGCAAGAUGGCCAAGAAAGAGGAGAAGUGUGUCCUUCAGUGAGGGUCGCAAGAACAAACCAACAAAUGUAGCCGAUGAAAGAAAUGUAUCGACAUGAAUAUUCUGACUUUUCCUACUGUCUGAUAGCAGCUUUUAGACAUUUCUGUCAGUGUCUGGAAUCCUGACGAGGUUUUCAGUCCCGCUGACAGCAGAGACUUUGCACCAACUUUCCCCCGACUCACCUCCACUGAGACGCGUUGUGAUGCGAUCUUAACUCGAGGUUAUUAAAAACGGUACCCGUGUGAUAUAAAUACGUUUUUGAGACGAGCAGACGGUGUGAUGCAUGCAAUGCUGCUGCAGCAGUCAGUCUGAGGUACAGCACAACUGGGUUUAAUGAGGGGGGGGGGGGGGGGGGGGGUCAUCAUCUUCAGAUAAAAGGCUUUUUUAAAGGAGAAGGAAAGGACAGAUCCGUCUUUAGGCUUCUUUAUUACGUGACCUUUAGUUGCAUCACUUUUUACUUGUAAAAUAUUUUAACUGCAUUACUCUUCAUAAAUCUUUCCUAUUGUUUUUUUUUUUAUAUUGUCUUGGCUUGAAACCAAAAGAAUUAGUAAAGAAACAAAUAAUCAUUGUUGUACAUUUCCAUCCGUUUUGUUUUCCAAACCCCCCUUUUUAAAUCUCUGCAGUCUGAAACAACAGAUUUGUGUUUUAUUUAUUGCCGUGUGUCCUGUGAGCUGCUGGUGAGCGAGGAUCCGUCACAUUUCAGGUGCAUUUUUGCUCAGCAACCUUUGGUUCCUAUUUAUUGUUCUCAGAAGAGGAGGAAAAAAAAUGCUUCCACUUGCAUCUCUUAGAGCUCCACGUGUCCUUUUACCUGUGAACAUUUAUCUGAUUAUUUAUUCCAGUCAUAACCCAAGUCUCCAGUAAUAAAGUCUUUAUGAUUUCAUACUCCAGA